AUGAAAGGAAAUAAUUCUGUUUGGUGCCAAGCAAAUGGAACGUGGGGACCUACAUCGCUACCGACCUGCGAGAGUGAUGUCCCUUCGGAGUGUCCACCACUUCCCAGGAUCCUCAGUGGCCACCACACAGGGGAGAAUAGAAGUUCCUUUGCCCCAGGAUUGUCUGUGACUUAUAGUUGUGAACAUGGCUACUUACUUCAUGGCGAGAAGACCAUCACCUGCUUGUCUUCAGGAGACUGGGAUGCUCUCAGUCCCACAUGUGAAGAGGCACAGUGUGAGGCUCCAGGACAGUUUCCCAACGGGUGGGUGGAGGUGCCAGCAAGUCUUCGGGUUGGCGUGACGGUGAACUUUUCCUGCAACAAAGGGUUUCGAUUACGAGGCCAGCCUUUUAGCCAGUGUGUAAUUGCUGGGCAGCAAGCUGCUUGGACCAAGAAACCAGUAUGUGAAGGCAUUAUUUGCUCACCACCUCCCACAAUCCGCAAUGGAAGAUACACAGGCAGCUCUUCGGGGCUUGUUCAGUAUGGAGACACAGUCACUUACACUUGUGACCCAGAUCCAGAGCAAGGAGUGGCCUUCAUCCUUAUUGGCAAGCACACCAUCCAUUGUGCAAGUGAUAGUCAGGGGACUGGCAUCUGGAGUGACCCUCCACCACACUGUGAACUUUCUACUUCUGCUGUUCAGUGCCCACAUCCCCGUAUCCGGAAUGGAUAUAUAGCAUCUGCACAGAAAGAGGAAUAUCGCUAUAAUGACACUGUGCUGCUUGCCUGUGUGCUUCCUUUCACCAUGAAGGGCAAGACCCAAGCGCGCUGUAAUGCUCGCAGCACAUGGGAUCCCUCCCUACCAAUCUGUGAAAAGCCCUGCCAGGCGCCACCUAAAAUCCUCAACGGGCAAAACAACGAGAUGCAGGCAGUGCGCUUUGACCCUGGAACAUCUAUGAAAUACGUCUGUAACCCAGGCUUCGUGCUGGUGGGACCAGAAUCCAUACGCUGUACCUCCGAGGGAGUGUGGACACCCAGAGCCCCUCAGUGCCAAGUGGCAGAGUGUGAACCCAUAGGGAAGGAACUCUUUACAAAGCCCCAAAGUCAGUUUGUGCGACAAGAUGCUAACUCUUCCUGUGAAGAAGGGUACCGGCUAGGUGAGAGUGUUUAUCAGCCGUGUCGAGGCGCAAUUCCUUGGUUUGUAGAGAUUCGUCUUUGUAAAGAAAUCACAUGCCCGCCACCUCCUGCUAUCUCCAACGGGAUGCACUCAUGGAGUUCCCCUGGGGAUGUUCCACACGGAACCACAGUCACUUACAUGUGUAGCCCAGGGCCAGAGCGAGGAGUGGAAUUUGACCUCAUUGGAGCGAGCACCCUGCGCUGCGUGAGCCGUGACCAGAAGACAGGCACCUGGAGCAGCCCUGCUCCUCUGUGCCAGCUCGCCAUCCCUGAUGUCCAGUGCUCACCUGCCCACGUUGCAAACGGGAGGAAGAUAUCUGGCAAGGAAGCUCCGUAUUCCUACAAUGACAGUGUGACCUUCAAGUGUCAUGAUGGGUUUACUUUGAAGGGUAGCAGUGAGAUUCGUUGCAAAGCCAACAACACCUGGGAACCUGAAAUACCAGUUUGCGAAAAAGAAGGAUCGUGUACACCUGUGAGAGAAGAAUGGCAAGAGAUUCCACUUGGCACCCGUAUGGUAACAUUCAACACGUCCUGCCAGGUUGGGUACCGAUUGACUGGACAUUCUUACCAGAAGUGUCAGGAUGCUGAGAAUGGGGUUUGGUUCCAAAAGAUUCCUCUUUGUCAAGCUGUUUCCUGUCCACCCCCACCAACGAUUAAGAAUGGGCGGCCCACAAGCAUGGCGGUCAAACAUGUUCCCUACGGAGAGUCGGUUGCUUAUGAAUGUGGCCGGGGAUUUGAUCUCCUGGGAAAGAAGGCUCUCCGGUGCCUGAGCGAUGCCGAAGGACGCGGUGUUUGGAGUGGGCCUCCCCCACAGUGCUCGCCGUCGCUCCCUGUGACUCGCUGCCCUAGCCCAGAAGUCAAGCACGGAUACAAGCUAAAUCAAACCCGUUCUUCCUAUGCUCACAAUGACACAGUACACAUUGCCUGCAACUCUGGCUUCAUCAUGAACGGCAGCCGCUCAAUUCGAUGUCGUGCUGAUAAUACAUGGGUUCCAGGUGUGCCGACUUGCAUCAGGAAAGCUUUCUCAGGAUGUGAACUUCCAUCUGAGAUCCGCAAUGGGCGGCAUACUGGUGAAGAGGUGGCUCAAUUUUCCCCUGGAAUGUCAAUCCAGUACAGCUGUGACCCAGGCUACCUGAUGGUGGGAGAGCCUUUCCUUCUUUGCACCCACAAGAGGACUUGGAGCCAGCCGGUCCCAUAUUGCAAAGAGGUAAACUGUAGCUUCCCGGAGCACACGGGCGGAAUGCAGACGAGGCUGGAGCCUGGGAAAAUGUAUCAGUAUGGAGCUACUGUGACUUUGGAGUGUGAAGACGGGUACACGUUGGAAGGCAGUCCCCAGAGCCAGUGUCAGGGGGAUCACAAUUGGAGCCCUCCCCUGGCAGUUUGUAAAUCUCGCUCACUGGCUCCUCUGGUUUGUGCUAUUUCUGCGAGUGCAAUCAUUGUUAUCAUCUUGGUGGUGGUCUUUUCAUGCAAGAUAUUAAAGCACAAAGAACGUUAUUAUACAAAUACCAUGCCUAAAGAUGGGGCCCUUCACUUAGAGACACGGAACGUGCACUCUGUGGAUCCAUAUAACCCCGCCAGUCAGUGCAAGAGCCCAGAAUGGUAUCCGUUUGCCAAGCCUACAAACCCAACUGAUGAGUCUGAGUUUCCCAUUGGAACAACUUUGGCAUAUGAGUGUCGCCCUGGAUAUUAUAAAAGAUUGCUGCGUAUCACCUGCCUGGAAAAUCUAACCUGGUCAAGCAUAGAAAACGUCUGUAAACGUAAAUCAUGUGGAACUCCUGCAGAGCCCAAGCAUGGUAUUGUGCAAGUGAACACAGACAUCAUGUUUGGAUCGACUAUCAAUUAUAUUUGCUCUGAUGGAUACAAGCUCAUUGGUCAUUCUUCUAAUACAUGCGUCAUUUCAGGCAAGAGUGUCAUCUGGGAGAAUCUGCCACCCAUUUGUGACAUUAUUCGCUGUGAGCCACCUCCAACCAUCGCCAAUGGAUACUUCACAAGCAAUAAUGAAGAAUAUUUUGUAUACGGAAUGGUAGUGACCUAUCACUGCAAGACCCACACGAGAGGAAGAGGUUUUAAACUUGUGGGCACGCCAUCAAUACACUGUACCAGCCAUGACAAUCAAUUUGGCAACUGGAGCAGUCUUCCCCCUGAGUGUAUUCCACCUCCUAAUACAUGCACAGCACCAGUGGUUGAAAAUGGAAUAAGGACAACUGGGGAUAAGAUCUUAUUCUCCUUAUACGAGUCUGUGAGGCUCAAGUGUCAACCCGGCUUUGACAUAAAAGGACCCGACAGUGUGCAGUGCCAUGCCCAAAACAAAUGGGAACCAGCAUUGCCAAUCUGUUCCAAGGUGUGUCACCCACCUCCAGAAAUCCAAAAUGGCAAACAUUCCCCAAGUAACAAGGACCACUUUUCCUCUGGGGAAGACAUUUUCUACAGCUGUGAGUCUGGCUAUGAUCUCAGAGGGGCCGCUUCUCUGCGCUGUACACCUGAGGGAGACUGGAGCCCUGCAGCCCCCAGAUGUGAAGUGAAACCAUGUGAUGACUUCCCGGACCUGCUCCAUAAUGGCCGUGUACUCUCCCCUCCUAGUCUCCAGGUUGGAGCAAAAGUGUCCUUCAUCUGUGAUGAAGGGUUCCACUUAAAAGGCGGUUCUGUUAGUCAUUGUGUCUUUGAUGGAUUGAAAAGCCUGUGGAAUACCAGUGUUCCCGUGUGUGAACAAAUCAUUUGUCCAAACCCUCCUGCUAUCCUUAAUGGGGACCACACAGGAAAUUCUCUGGAAAGCUUUCCCUAUGGAAAAGAAAUCUCUUACAUGUGCAACCGCAGCCCAGACAGAGGGAUGAUCUUCAACCUCAUUGGGGAGAGCACCAUCCACUGCACAAGUGACGAUGGAGGGAANNUCCUGUGGUCUUGGCCUCCAGGUCAGUGUAAAACCCCCAAACAAUUUCCAUUUGCCAAGCCUACAACUCCAAAUGAUGAGUCUGAGUUUCCAGUUGGGACAAACUUGUACUAUGAAUGCCUCCCUGGGUACUCUGGGAAAGUGUUCUCUAUCACCUGCCUAGAAAAUUUGGUCUGGUCAAGUGCUGAAGACACCUGUAAACGAAAAUCUUGUGGACAUCCUCCAAAACCCUCCAAUGGAAUGGUGGUUAUCAACACAGAUACCCAGUUUGGAUCAACUAUUCAUUAUGCUUGUAACAAAGGGUUCCAACUCAUUGGCUCUUCAUCCACUACUUGUCUCCUCUCAGGCAAUAAUGCCGUUUGGGAUCAAGAGGCACCUAUUUGUGAGAGCAUAUCUUGUGAAUCACCCCCACGGAUAGACAAUGGAUACUUCCAUAGCAGCAACAGAAAACUCUUUUCGUAUGGCACAGUGGUGACUUAUUAUUGUCGUCUUGCGCAAUCCGGAGAGAAGCUGUUUGACCUGGUAGGAAAAGCAUCGAUAAACUGUACAAGCAAAGAUGAUCAAGUCGGUGUUUGGAGCGGCCCCCCUCCUCAAUGUAUUUCUUCUAAAAGAUGCACAACUCCAGAAGUUGAAAAUGGAAUCUAUGAGUCAAGAAAUAGGACUUUUUUCCCCUUAAAUGAGGUUGUGAGCUUUCGAUGUCAGCCUGGCUUUGUCAUGAAGGGGCCCAGCAGUGCACAGUGCCAGGCCAACAACAGAUGGGUGCCUGACUUGCCAAGCUGCUCCAGGGUGUGUCAGCUGCCUCCAGACAUCCUGCAUGGUCAAUAUUUCCCAAAUGACAAGGACAACUUUUUCCCGGAGGAGAAUGUUUUCUACAGCUGCGAGCCAGGCUAUGAUCUCAGAGGGACCGCUUCCCUGCGCUGUGCACCCCGGGGAGACUGGAGCCCUGCAGCGCCCAGAUGUGAAGUGAAAUCAUGUGAUGACUUCCGGGAUCAACUCCCCAAUGGCCGUGUCCUCUCUCCCCCUAGUCUCCAGCUUGGUGCACAAGUGUCCUUCAUCUGUGAUGACGGGUUCCGGCUAGAAGGCAGUGCUGUCAGUCACUGUGUCUUGAGUGGAGUGAAGGGUGUUUGGAACACCAGUGUGCCUGUGUGCGAACAAAUCUUCUGUCCCAAACCUCCUGCUAUCAAUCAUGGGGACCACACAGGAAAUCCUCUGGGAAGCUUUCCCUAUGGAAAAGAAAUCUCUUACAUGUGUGACCCCAGCCCAGGUGGAGGGAUGACCUUUAGCCUCAUUGGGGAGAGCACCCUCCGCUGCACAAGUGACGAUGGAGGGAACGGGAUUUGGAGUGGCCCUGCCCCUCGCUGUGAACUUUCUGUGACUGUUGCGUGCCCACAUCCACCCAAGAUCCGCAACGGGCAUCUCACUGGAGCAUACACAUCUUCCUAUCUUCCUGGGAUGACGGUCCAGUACAUUUGCGAUCCAGGCUACCAGUCGGUGGGAAAGCCUUUCAUUUUCUGUACACACCAGGGAACCUGGAGCCACUUUGAUCAUUAUUGCAAAGAGAUAACAUGUAGUCUCCCACAAUUUAUGAAUGGAGCCCAGAAGGAGUUUAAAUAUGGAAAAGUCUACCGUUAUGGAGAUAAGAUCACUCUGGAGUGUGAAUACGGGUAUACACUGGAAGGCAGUCCCCAGAGCCAAUGCCAGGAUAAUGACAGAUGGGACCCUCCUCUGGCCAUUUGUACAUCAAGUGCACGGGACAUCCUCAUCGUCGGUAUUAUCUUUAGUGUGAUCUUCUUUCUUGUAUUCAUCGUUGUUCUCUACUGGAUAAUUCUACAGCGCAAAAAAGGCAAUUAUACCCAUGACAAAUCUAAAGAAGUGAUUAUCCAUUUAAAUCCUCAAGAAGACAGCUGUGCUCAUCCUCAAACUCUUCAAUCAAAUCAGGAAAGUCACAGGUUUUAAACUAUUUAGAACGUGGAAUGGACCGAUGAAGAAGUUGGAAAAUUCAGGGAGCUAUGAAGAGC